ACAUUCCCUUACACGUGUGUGUGUGUGUGUAAGAGUGAAAUUCAUUCAAUCCGAAUUUAAUAUUACCAUUCGAAAAUAUAACUUGUUACCCAUUGUAUUAAACAAGCGCCGCGUCGUCGGGCGUUAUCUAAAUGCGUGGUUUUAAUAUGAUUAAAAAUAUGUGACGGCAGCAAUCGCAGCAGCAGCAGCAGCAGCAGCAACUAGUUUAGUGUGAGUGAGCGAGAGGGGAAGAGGGAGACCCAGUUGGAGCUACAAUUUAAAGAGCAUUAAAAUGAUAAAUUUGAGAGCAACAACAAAAACUGGCCAGUGCAAGCAACAACAGCAGCAACAAAAACAAUCAAACAUGAUUUUAUGAUUAAGCCAAAAAUCAAAAAAAAAAAAAAAACAAACAGAACGUAUAUAACGAUAACCCACAAAAUCAGAAGGAAAAGCUGCAACAUACGCGGCAAAAAGAAUAUAAGUUCUCCUACAAUAUUUACCAGACAAUAGAGUCUGCAAUGGCAGACGAUUCUUCUACUGGCCAAGGCUUGGCCAAAACAGCCUCCUCACCCACCGCCCUUAAUCUGAUAACCACCAAACGCACCACGCCCACCUUAGCGACACUGAGGCAUAGCCAACUCUCGGAUAGUGGAGCUGAAAGCUGUUACGAUGGGGACGAACAGUCGAACCUCAUACGAACCCCAUCCUCACGCACCCACAAGUUCAUCAUUAUACCAGCCACGCCUGGUUCGCCUCCCUCGCCGAUAGUUGGACCACAGCCUUUUCGUCAGGCAAACUCUACCACAUCAUUGACUGCCAUGGCAGCAGCCAUGCACAAGCCAGUCAAGACCAGGCAAACGCCGGUAAAGUCACGCCCCAACUCGGAGGUCAUACAGCCAGGUGGUCAGACAACGUCAGCCACAAUGGGAGCAGCUGCAUCCACCUCAACUGUAACCUUUACCAUUGAUGAUUGUGAGGGAGGUCAACCGAUUGCCAACUAUACGCCCAUGAUAACCACCACGCCUGUCACGUUAACCUGCACCACCACAACCACCAUGGCCGGUGAUAGUGUGGCUGUUUCGUCACUCAGCAUGGAUUUGCGUUCACGUUUAGGCGGUAGCCACAGUCACAGUGGCAGCAUGCGUUCCGUGAUUUCAGGCUAUCUGCCUGGUCUAAAUGAUAGUCGAGGGAAUCUCAUGGCUGGUGGUGGUGGAGCUGUUACCGCAGCUUCUAGCAGUUUGCAUCCUACCCAUAAUCCGCUUUAUAUGCAACCGCAAGUUGCCUCGCUAAGCGGCAGUUCCUAUCAGUUUCAUGAUCAGAUCUACUCGGAUGUGACAUCAGUGCGUUCAUUGGCAUCAAUUGGCAUUGGCUCCACGGACGGACGGAAAUUGGUGAUACGUCGAGUACCCACCACGGCCAACGAGUUAUUUGACAUGGUCAAUCCUCAAACCCCACCGCCACUGGGCAUCGAUGAUGAUGACAGUUAUUUGGAUAUGUCCGAUGAGACGGCUAAUUUGAAACCACGCCAACAACAUUGGGCCAAUAAAAUGCAAUUCGUUUUGGCCUGCAUUGGCUAUUCCGUUGGCUUGGGCAAUGUCUGGAGAUUUCCCUAUAUGUGCUAUAAAUCGGGCGGUGGUGUUUUUCUAGUACCUUAUUGCAUAAUACUAUUCAUCUGUAGCAUUCCCCUGCUAUUUAUGGAACUAUCUGUUGGACAAUAUACUGGUCGUGGACCCAUUGGGGCAUUGGGCCAAUUGUGCCCUCUAUUUAAAGGAGCUGGACUGGCCAGUGUGGUUGUUUCGUUUCUCAUGUCCACCUACUAUAGCGUUAUUAUAGGUUAUUCAAUUUACUACUUUUUCACAUCAUUUAAAACGGAAAUGCCCUGGGUUGAUUGUAACAACAGAUGGAAUACGCCGGACUGUUGGGUGCCACAGCGUAAAGGAAUAAAUGCCACUGCCCCGGACACAUCACGAACACCUUCCGAAGAGUUUUUCGAAAACAAAGUCCUACAAAUUAGCAGUGGUCUGGAGUAUCCGGGCAUGAUGCGUUGGGAGUUGUUUGCUUGCCUAAUUUGCGCCUGGCUAAUGGUUUAUUUUGCCACGUGGAAAUCAAUUAAAUCAUCGGCCAAGGUGCGUUAUUUUACAGCGACAUUUCCGUUUGUAUUAAUCAUCAUAUUGAUGGGACGAGCCGUUACGCUCGAUGGUGCCGCUGAGGGAUUACGUUUCUUCUUUCGUCCCAAAUGGUCGGAGCUAAAGAACGCCAAUGUCUGGAUUAAUGCUGCCUCUCAGAAUUUCAAUUCAUUGGGCAUAACAUUCGGAUCGAUGAUCUCGUUUGCCAGCUACAAUAAGUAUAAUAAUAACAUACUAAGAGACACUGUGGCCGUUAGUAUGGUUAAUAUGUUAACUAGCCUGCUAGUCGGUAUAUUUGCCUUCUCCACAUUGGGUAAUUUAGCACUGGAGCAGAAUACAAAUGUGGGCGAUGUAAUUGGCGAUGGACCUGGCAUGAUAUUUGUGGUAUAUCCACAGGCAAUGGCCAAAAUGCCAUAUGCCCAACUCUGGGCUGUGAUGUUCUUCUUUAUGCUCCUGUGUUUGGGUCUGAAUUCACAGUUUGCCAUAGUUGAGGUGGUGGUCACUUCCAUACAAGAUGGUUUCCCGCGUUGGAUCAAGCGACAUUUGGGCUAUCAUGAGAUUGUGGUGCUCUUUGUAUGUGUCAUAUCAUGCCUAUUUGGUAUGCCAAAUAUUAUACAAGGUGGCAUCUAUUAUUUCCAACUGAUGGAUCAUUAUGCUGCCUCGGUGACAAUAAUGUUCUUGGCCUUUUGCCAAAUGAUUGCCAUUGCCUGGUUCUAUGGCACUGGAAGAUUAUCGAAGAAUGUUAAACAAAUGACUGGCAAGGCGCCUUCGUUGUACUUGAAAUCCUGUUGGUUGGUUCUGGGACCCUGUUUGCUUUUCGCAAUUUGGGUACUCAGUUUGAUCAAUUAUAAGGAACCCACCUACCACAAUGGACGUUAUACCUAUCCAGAUUGGGCGUAUGGCAUUGGCUGGAUGUUUGCCUCCUUUUCGCUAAUCUGUAUACCAGGUUAUGCGGUAAUUAAUUUCCUUAGAACUGAUGGCAAUAAUUUCUGGGAGCGUAUUAGGAAUACUUUGCGACCAAACAUCUAUGAAUGUAAGAUCUGUGGAGAACAUCAUUGUGAACACGAUUUUCCGGAACAGGAACAAUUCAUGUUGGCCCAGGAAUUGGCAACAGUUUAUAAGCCAACUACAACCACUAGCCAUAUGUUACAUUUGGGACAGAAAUCCGGUUAUAAUCCUAUGCAAGCAUCCACUGCAAUGGAAUACACCAAGUCGGCAGAUCCAGGUACAACAACAACAUCAGCGACAGAUCAGCAUAAUGGCAAAUAAACAAAAUAACGAAACGAUUUGAUUUCCAUUUUAAGUGUUAGCCCUAUUUCUCAGAGUAUUCCUUUAAAAUAAUUUUGUUU